AUGAAAACUGCCUUUGAUAGUAAUUUCAAAACGCAUGAAAUAUGUGAAUCAUGGAAUUCCGGCAAUCAACCGGAUAACUUACUCUGGGCAGAACCAGCGGAUCGUUUAUUGCGAAUUAUUGGGAACGGCGUUGUCAAGGAUGGAUAUAAUAUGUUUAUGACACCCAGUCAAGCUGAAGGUAAAACAACCGUAGUAUCCGUGGCCAUUUAUAUCGAGUCGAUGUCAUCGUUUAGAACUCAGACAAUGGAUUUUGAAGUUGAUAUGUAUCUUGCACUUGGCUGGUAUGAUCGCCGCUUGGCCCAUAAUUGUACACAUCCAGUACUUGUAACACAUAAAUUCAUUGCUGAUCGUUUGUGGCAGCCAGACCUCUACUUUGUUAAUUCCAAAUUUGCCUACCUCCAAGAAGUAACAACACCAAAUUUCAUGGUCAUCGUUUAUCCAGAUGGUCUAAUAUUCAAAUCUAUGAGAUUAGAUGUGACAUUAACUUGUAUGAUGGAUUUACAACGAUUCCCAAUGGAUAAACAAGAAUGUCCACUUAUUAUCCAAAGCUUUGCUUACGUUGAGAAUUUAGUAAAUCUAACAUGGCACGAAGAUCCACCGUAUUUUCCCUUUGGAAGUAAUAGCGAAAUUAAAACGAAUGAUAUGGUUAUCACGAGUACAAGAUUUGAGAAGUGCCAAACACCAUAUCAAAUGUUUCGUGGUUCCGGUAAUUGGUCAUGUAUCCGAGGAUUGAUCGUCAUGAAACGAUUAAUGUUAUUUCAUAUAAUUCAAACGUAUUUUCCAUCAGCAAUGCUUGUCUCCAUUUCAUGGAUGAGCUUUUGGCUUGAUCCUCGUGCUUCACCGGCUCGCGUUACAUUGACCAUUACUACAUUGCUUACAUUGACCACAAUGAGUAAUGGCGCAAGACAAGAUUUACCGCAAGUGAGCUAUAUCAAAGCAUUGGAUAUUUGGCUAACAUUCUCACAGGCACUGAUAUUUCUUGUAUUGCUUGAGUAUUCAUUUGUUAGCUACUAUUUAACCAAACGUGACUAUAAUUGCAUACAUCGCCGUAUUUUUGGUACCCCCGAACUUUAUCCUGAAAUUGAUAAGAAAAAAUUCAGUCCACAAAGUUCGGCAAUGACCGGUAUUAGAAGAUACUCGAUAGAUAAUGGUCAUGCAAAUGCAGUAAAUACGUAUUCGCUGAGCGCCGGAAUAGCACGAUGUUUGCGCAACACUGCGACAUUAGUUGCUAAAACACAAAAUAAUAAACACAACAAAUUUUUGAAUUUCGAUAUUUCAAAGCCAUGUCAGAGAUGUAUGGCAUCAAAUGAAUUUGUCGCAAGGCAAAUUGAUCAUUACAGUCGAGUUGUAUUCCCAACAGUAUUUUUGCUCUUUUCAACCUGUUAUUGGUUAUACUAUAGUUGGUAUACUAAUGAGGAUUAA